GUUAGCCGGUAGCUCAGUCAGUAGCGAGUUUUCCGUCGGUUUAGAUCUGCCUCUACUAGCUAUUUGAAAUGGUGAAAUAUUAAGAACCCGGUUUGUUGCAGCUUCACAAUGAGUGCACGGACAGUGACGUGUCUCGUGUUCCUUUGCGCGGGAUUCUGUGCAGCCUGGAUGAACGAAAGGCCCGUGCUGGAAUCUCGAGACGGCCACCUUUACAUAUCAAGUGCCAAAGAUAAGAACAUCACACUAAAAACCUUAGGAAAUGGAUUCGUUAAUGUUAACGGGAUUAACUUGGUACACGUUGCCACGCACGCGCGUCACGCGUCGGAAAUCGUGGAAAAUUGGGAAUCGGAUCUUAAGAAGAACCUGGAAUCAAGAUUGGAUAGACUUUCGGACGCGGUGGAGGGUUCCUCCGGUUUGCUCAGACGCAUAAGUACCCUGGAACUUGGUGGCUCUUCGGCACUCAAUACUUCCGAAACGCCGGAUCAGCUACCGAGAAAUCGAGUAACCUCGAAGGACGUCGUGGCCAGAAAUCUUAUUCGCGGCCUGACGGUUCGGUUACAAACUUUGACCAGGAGAAUUCGAACUUUGGAGAACAAACUUACCGCCGACGAGUGCAUUAGUAAUCCUUGUCAGAAUCAGGGCACUUGCGAAGAUCUGUACGAUGGUUUUCGAUGUCAUUGUCCACCAAAUUGGGAGGGACCAGUCUGUGCAAAUGACGUCAACGAGUGUGCGAAUUUUGCUGGGACCGACUUGGGCUGUCAAAAUGGCGCUACCUGUGAGAAUUUACCUGGAAGAUACCGAUGCGUUUGUACCAUAGGCUGGUGGGGUCAACAUUGCACGAGAAAGACCAAUGAUUGCAAUAUGCAAAAUUCUAAUGAAAUGUGCGGUCACGGUAACUGUAUUAACAAACCUGGAACUCCACUUGGCUACACCUGCAUAUGCGAUCAAGGAUGGGAAUCCGAUGGGUCUGGUCCAGCUUGUACAAAGGAUGUUGACGAAUGUCAAGGAAAGAGACCAGCAUGUUCUGUGAGUCCGUUGGUACAAUGCAUUAACGUUCCUGGUUCAUUUCAUUGCGGCCCGUGCCCUGCUGGAUAUACCGGAAACGGCCACUACUGUGCGGAUAUUGACGAGUGUGCCACUAACAAUGGCGGCUGCAGUAUUACACCCCGCGUGCAAUGUAUCAACACCAUGGGUUCCAGGUUCUGUCAACCCUGUCCUCCAGGAUACACAGGAGACGGAAUAUCAUGUACAUUUGUUGAUGCAUGUCUUAAUAAUGGCGGCUGCCACCCAUUGGCCCAAUGCAUUAAAUCCCCUACGAAUUCGGAAUAUCUCCUGGGAUGUCAAUGUCCUGUAGGAUAUCACGGAAAUGGAAUAGGUCCUCGAGGUUGCAUCCAGGGUUCUAUUACAGAGGACAUGACGGAAUGCGCAAGCAAUCCUUGUAUUCACGGCACCUGUUCCCCUCGUGGAUUCCACGAUUACGUCUGUAGAUGUAAUCCUGGAUUUACCGGAAGAAGGUGCGAUACCGCGAUCGAAUUGUGUAAUCCAAAUCCUUGCAAAAAUAGCGGCACUUGCAGAGUCUCCGACGCAGGAGCCGAGACUUGCGUUUGCACAACAAGUUUCUCAGGGCCACGAUGCGAAACCCCGCGACAAAAUUGCGGCGGACUCCUGCGCGAUCCUUCCGGGACAUUGCAAUUCCCUGUGAACGAUAACGUCUAUCAGCCAUUGCAGAGUUGCCUUUGGAUUCUCCUGACCAACGAGUCUUUAGUCCUUAACGUGACAUUCACUGCCUUCAACCUGGAACCAUCGCCGGAGUGCUCGUACGAUUUUCUUCAGAUAAACGACGGUCGAACUGUUGCUUAUCCUUUAAAAGGUCGUUACUGCGGCAACAAUUUACCUAAUGACGGAAACAUCAUCUCUUCCCAUAAUGCACUCUAUCUGUGGUUCCGUUCCGACCAUUCCACAUCCCAUAGUGGAUUCACUCUGGAAUGGAACUCAAUAGAACCGGUUUGCGGUGGGGAAAUAUCUGCGGACAGCGGCUCUAUUAUGUCACCAGGACUACCAGGAAAGUAUCCCCCCAAUAGAGAUUGUUAUUGGAGGAUCAGUGUCAGCCCGGGACGCAGAAUCCAAUUCCACUUCGCGUUGAUGAUGAUUCAAGAAGGUCCCACCUGCGAGAAGGAUUAUCUUGAAUUCUUAAAUGGUAUGGACGAAACGAAAUCACUUGCAAGAUAUUGUAAUCACACGACACCAUCUCCGCUGAUUACCAAUGAAUAUAGGACGACUCUUCAUUUCCAUUCCGAUGGGAGCAUACAGGACAAUGGAUUCCACGUGACAUUUUCCAGUAUUGAGGGUACGCCAGGAUGCGGUGGAGUUUAUACGUCAAGUAAAGGUGAAAUUUCAUCACCACAACAUGUUUUGAAUUACGAGUUUUCUAUGUUUUGUGAUUGGAAGAUACAGCUUCCGCAGGGAGAACGAAUCAAGAUCACGUGGAUAACGUUUGAUCUGGGAGAAUCAUAUUCUUGUGUUCUCAAUUACGUUGAAGUUUAUUACGGUCCUACCACAGACUAUCCUUCAUCCGGUCGACACUGCCGCAAUCAAUUGCCACAUUCGAUUACAACAGAUACGAAUGUAGUUCUGAUCAGAUACAAAUUGAGUUUAGGAUUCACUGAAAAAAGUUUCCGUUUGAGAUACGAAACUGCAUGUGGUGGUGAAUUCACAGAACCUACGGGAAAUCUAAAAUCGCCGUAUUAUCCAAAACCUUAUCCCGCCUCAAUAACUUGCGUGUACGAGAUUGCUCAGCCGCCUGGAAAAUCCAUAGAACUUACGAUACACGACCUUGAUAUCGAAUCUUCUAUCUUCGAUAAUUGUGUUUUCGACUAUUUGGAAAUUCACGAUGGCGAUAAUGAAAAUUCUACUCAGAUUGGAAAGUACUGUAAGAACAAACAGACGAUACCUAAUAACCCAAUUUACUCCACUCACAAUUACUUGUAUCUGAAGUUCGUUUCGGACUACAGUACACAACAUAAAGGGUUCAACGCCAGCUACACUACCAUUGAUACCAGAUGUGGAGGUAUUUACAAAGGACUGACUGGGGUUAUCCAGACCCCAAAUGAAGAUGGGACUUAUGCAAAUGACGACGACUGCACGUGGGUAAUUCAAGCUCCGGUUGGACACGUGGUUCAACUUACAUGGACGACAUUCAAUCUGGAAUUCCAUAGAAAUUGCGAGAAUGAUUAUGUUUUAGUAUUUCAAAAUGCAUCAGACUCACAAUCAGAUGAAACAAAUUUCAUAGGAAGAUAUUGCGGUUCUCACGUUCCUCCUAUGUUGGUAACUCAAGAGCGAACGAUGACUAUUAUUUUUCAUUCGGACUGGGCUAUCAGGAGAGAGGGAUUUGUCGCCUCAUACGUAUUCUUGGACGCGAGCAAAGUAUGUGGCGGACAUUAUUAUAAAUCGAACGGAGUGAUAAGAUCGCCAAACUAUCCUAACAAUUAUCCAACGAGCAAAAACUGCAUUUGGAUAAUCGAAGUGCCACGUGGACAGAAAAUCACACUUAAGCGGGAAAGUUUUCUUUUGGAGGGAUACUCGUCGUGUUACUUUGAUUAUUUGGAAGUCAGAAACGGUGGAUCCGCGACUUCUCCACUUUUUGGCAAGUACUGUAACGAGCAGCUACCCGAUGAAAUCACAAGUUUCACUAACCAGCUUUAUCUCAAAUUUGUAUCGGACGGUACAGUGACUCGUAGUGGUUUCAGUAUACAGUGGGAAAGCAAGAUUACGGGAUGCGGCGGAGAGUUAAAAGGAUCCAGCGGAGAGUUUACUUCGCCUUAUUAUCCUGAACCGUAUCAUAUGAAUGCCGAUUGCCUAUGGCAGAUAACAGUUUCCGAAGGAAGCUUCAUCCAGCUACAUAUAGUAGAUUUCGAACUGGAAUCUACAUAUAAUUGCCGAUUGGACUACGUCGAGGUAUUCGACGGUACGGAAUACCAAAGUAAGAGUUCAAUGCGUUACUGUGGAACGGAGCAUCCUUUAGUGAUCAAUUCAACGUCCAACAUCAUGACUAUCAAGUUCCGUUCUGAUUAUUCGGACAAUCUUCGAGGAUUCUUCAUGAGGUUCAAGACCGGAUGUGACAAUACAUUACGCGGAUUUUCUGGUGUGAUCGAGUCCCCGAAUUAUCCCGAGAACUAUCCGCACUCAGCCAAUUGCACCUGGAGGAUUGAUGUUCCAAUCGGAAACAAAGUGAACAUAACCUUUUUCGAUUUUGAGAUGGAGGUACCGUUUGACGAUUCUUGCCGCUUUGAUCGGGUUGUGAUCAAAGAAGGUGAAGACGACACCCCUAAUAGAGAGCUUGGAACAUUUUGUGAUGUCGAGAAAAUUCCGCGUCUCAUCUCGUCCACUGAAAAUCAGGUUUUCGUAAACUUCAUCACUGACUUCACCACCGCUCGUAAAGGCUUCCGGCUGGAGUGGGUUAUUAAUGGAUGUAGCAAGCGUUUAAAAAAACCGUAUGGAUUCAUUACGUCACCAGGAUAUCCAAAGGGCUAUCCGGAAAAUGUUGACUGCGAGUGGUUGAUCGAGGUCGAUCAGUUACACAGUAUUGAGAUUACGUUCGAGGACGUUGAUACGGAGAAAAGAAUGUCUUGCUUCGCGGACAAGAUACAGCUUUACAAUGGCGUCGACCAAACGGCACCGCAAAUAGCUGAAUUGUGUCACACAACCAUCAAGACUGUUUACACCAGUACCGGAAACAAAAUGUUUAUGAAAUUUCAUUCGGAUUACCUGUACGGCGGACGUGGUUUCAAAGCGCGUUAUAGGACGGUCCCGAUUCAAUGCGGCGGAAGGUUCUCGGGUCAAGUUGGCGCCAUCCAUUCGCUUAAUUAUCCGAAUAAUUAUCCGAAGAAUCAGCAUUGCGAGUGGCUCAUUCAGGUGGACGUUAAUCAUCUAGUGAAUUUGACUUUCCUUGAUUUUGAUUUUGAAAGUACGAGAAACUGCACUGACGACUACGUCAAGAUUUUCGAUGGUCCAACUACCGAAGCUCCGGUGCUUGGUAAAUUUUGUGGAAAUGAGCUACCACCGUCUAUUGUGUCUACCAGUAACGAAAUGUUAGUUCUAAUGGAAAGUGACAGAUACAUAUCGACAAAAGGUUUUAAAGCAUCAUACAUGGUAGCUUGUGGUGCAAGAAUAGUGACAGAUGAUCAAGGUGUAAUAACACUGUCCUCGGCAGUAGGCUUACUCGGGUAUGCGAAUUGCACGUGGUACAUAAUAGCUAAGAAUCUUGAUGAUCACGUGACAUUGACAUUUACACAUCUGGAUGUGGAUCAAAAUUACGGUUCUACUGACUGUGAAUACAAUAAUGUUCAAGUAUACGAAGGUGAUUCCGUGGACGGACAAAGUUUGCGUACAUUCUGUGGUACCAAAGUACCAGCACCAAUCACCAGUCAAGGAAACGCACUGACUAUACAUUUGGCAUCGUCGUUUGAUGCCGUGGAUAAUCACUUUUCCGCUUUUUACUCUGUUCUCAAUACAGCUUGCGGCGGUAACUAUACGUCUGAGCACGGUACGAUAUCGUCACCAGGAUAUCCAAACAGUUAUCCAAAGAACGUGGAGUGCGUUUGGAUAAUUAAUACCUCGCCAGGAAAUCGAAUUAGCUUUAAUGUGGAUGACUUUGAUCUUGCGGAAAGUAAUGAAUGCGGAAUGGACUAUUUGGAGGUGCGUGAAAACGAUGGCAGCGGCAAGAUCCUUGGUUUCUGGUGCGGCAACAGUAGUCCGAGCCUCGUGGCGAACGCGAGUCUUUGGAUUAAAUUCCGAAGCGACGAACUUGGCUCCAACAAAGGAUUUGUCGCGGAGUAUAGCUUGUUACAUGGUAAUGAUAUUCAUGGAGUAAGUGGAAAGAUUUCUUCUCCGAUGUAUCCAAAACUUUACCUAAAGGCUCAAUCACAUACCUGGCGAGUUACCGUGGAUGAUGGAUAUAUCAUUAGAAUAAACUUCCUUGAUUUUCACCUGGAAAAAGAUCAUUAUGGUUGCAAUAGUCAGUUGUUGAUUUACGAUGGGUAUGAUAGUGAUGCUCCAGAGUUACUAGAUGAAUGCGGCUUGGAAUUACCGGAGCACGUAACCACAAGCAGUAAUAUGGCUUAUAUUAAAAUGUCCAAUAAUUAUCUGUUCAGUGGUAGUUCCUUCCUUCUCGAAUGGCUUCAGGUACCCAAAGGACCAUCGUCCCUGCCUCCAUCCAAUUGCUCGGACGUGAUUUCGUUCUCUGAAAUAGGAAAAAAAACGUAUACUUUCGAGUCUCCGGGAUAUCCAAAUGGAUAUGCUGGGAAUCUCGUUUGCAACUGGAUUUUCGAAAGUCCACCGGGAACUCAUUUGAUUAUGUACUUCAAUCACAUGGAUCUCGAGGAAAGUUCUACCUGCCUAUGGGAUUACGUUGCUGUUUACACAAUGACUGGUGAACUUUCUGAAAGUGGCGAUUGGUCCUUGAAUAACAGAUAUUGCUUGAAAAAUGCUACGAGAUCUGAAAUUCGUGGAACAAAUCUGAUGAAGGUUCAAUUUGUGUCGGAUGUCUAUAAUAAUAGGACUGGAUUCCAAGCGGCCGUAUACGAAAAGUGCGGCGGUGUGUUAACUGCACCCAACGGUGUCAUCGAGGUCAAUUCUAAUAACACUAGCCCCAAUAUUGCAUGGUUGAGAUGUCAAUGGAACGUCACUGUGAGACCAGGAAGAAGAAUAAACAUUACAAUUAAUGAAAUAUCCAUACCUCCUAAGAGUGACGGAAAAUGCGGGGAAACAUUUUUAAUGUUGAAAAAUGGUGGAUCUGACACGUCACCAAUUUUGGACAAAGGAAAGUUUUGUGGCAACACUCCAAUCUCGUCUCUUCAAACAACUGGAAAUCAAUUAUAUGUGAAGCAUGUAGGAUACAAUCAGAUCUCAACAUUUAAGCUGACCUACAAAGAAGUUGGACUGGAUUGUGGCGAGAGAGUCAUUAUGUCGAAGGAUCAAAAUCGGUUUGAGAUAUCAUCACCGAAUUAUCCAAAUAUCCCACCGCCAUUUUCUGAAUGUAUUUGGACAUUCUUGGCACCGGCUGGAGAACGUCUAGCUAUUCAUUUUAUCGACAGAUUUGAUCUGUCCAAUAGCAUAAACUGUGAAAAAGAGUACGUAGAGGUUCGAGACGGCGGAACCGAAAUUUCUGGCUUAGUAGAUCGCUACUGUUCAGACGUGGCACCUAGCAGUAUUACAUCGACCGGAAAUAGUUUAUACGUUCAUUUCUACACUGAGUUGGUAGAUCCGAAGAAUGGGUUCAAGGCUUACAUCGCCAGUGGGGAAGUCUGUGGUGGAAUCAUUCGUAACAAAAAUGGUGUUAUAAGUUCACCUAAUUAUCCGAAUACUUAUAGUACAAAUCAAACGUGCGAGUGGAUCCUCGAGCAACCGGAGGACUUCAAUUACAAGUUGAAUUUCCUAGAUAUUGAUUUGCCGCAUUACGAUAAUUGCAAUACGCAGGAUCAUGUUGAGAUUAUUGAGGAAUCCCCUUUCAACAGUAGCAUGCGUCAAAAUCGAUCAUAUUGCGGCAACGAAAUUCCUGAUGUCAUUGAAACGAUAUCGAAUCAUGUCCUGAUUAGGUUCAAGAGCGAUACGAACAAUCAUAGAUCUUACAGAGGGUUCAGUAUAAAUUUCACAUCUCACUAUGCAGGUUGCGGAGGUCACCUAACGGGUAUGCAUGGCUUUAUCGAGUCCCCUGGAUAUCCAUUCAGCAGACAGGGCGGACGUUAUUGUACAUGGGUAAUCACUGCACCCAUAGGUUACCACAUAGUAGUGAAAGUUUUGGAUUUGAAAGUUUCCGCAUGGUCGCGGUUUACGAAUAUAAUAAGUAUGCAGUUUUACAAUUAUAAAGGGUCUAGACAUAAUAUAAAGUCCCUGAAAGUGAAUGAUACCGGAAGUCGAAUAUCAAGUUCCAGUGACGUUAUGAUGAUAGCCUAUUGGUCCAGAGAUAAUACUUUAGAAGCCUUUAAACUUGAAUAUAACAUCGAAGCUCCGGCUCCUUGCGGAGGAAUGAUAGUUAAUUCCGAGGGAACUUUACGUGAGCCUUCUAGAGACGUUUACGAUGGAAUAUCAUUAUAUUGCAAAUGGAUGCUGUAUGCACCAAAUGACACCUUGAAUUUCGAGCAAUUACACCACAGAACUUUGGCAAUUGUCGUCACUGGGAGUAUAGAUUUUUGGCACCUUCCCAGUCAUACCUGUCAGAAUAGCCUAUUGAAUGUUCGUUUGGAAGAUGACAAUGGGCCUGUUGCCUACAUCUGUGGAAACAUGACUGUACCGAUCAGAGCUCGAAGUCCAUCGUUAAUAAAUACUCUGAAGGUUAAUAUCCCAAAUACAUAUCGUAAAGGAAAUUAUUCUCGAUUCAAUAUUACAUACAAGUGGCACCACUGUGGUGGCGUAUUGAGGGGUCCAUCCGAUUCCGUCGAAGCACCAAGGAAUCUUACUUAUCCAAUAGAAUGCGCCUGGCACGCUUCAUAUCCAGACAAUGGGGAUACCAUUACCAUGUAUUUUGAACGAUUGAGUCUUGGCAACUGUGACUAUAAUUACAUAAUUGUCAGAAAUGGUGGAUCUAUGUCUCCGGUAAUCCGCAAAAUUUGUGGAGACUUGAGCGAAUUCACGAAUCUGACGUCACAACGUAAUCAACUUUGGAUCGAGUAUUACGCUACAGAGGCUACCGGCGACUUCAAGUUCAGAUUGGAGGCACUGAAUCACGGUUGCGGAGGAUCUUUGAGUGACCGUAGCAGAGAUCUGGCAUCUCCGAACUUCCCUCAUCCGUAUUCGAAUAACGCGGAGUGCACGUGGGAAAUUAAUGCUGAUCCUGGUUACCAUAUUGGAUUGUUCUUCAUCGACCGAUUUUAUUUGGAAAACAGUAAUAAUUGCGAAAACGACUAUGUUCAGGCGUUUGACUGGCGUGCUAAUAUAACAACGGGUAUUGAAUCUUGGGUGGAUCUUGGCAAAGUAUGUGGUCGCAACAUGCCGUUGCCAUUCAAUUCCACAUCGAACAGAAUGAAAGUUUUGUUUCGCUCAAACAACGCGAUCCAGGGCGACGGCUUUCACGCUCGCUGGGAAGUCAAUUGCGGUGGCGUCUUCGAGGCAACCGGUAGAGUUCAGUACGUGACGUCACCGGGAUAUCCAAUUGCGUAUUCCAAUAAUAUGUUCUGCAACUACACGAUUGUGGCACCGAAAAAAGAAAUCCUUGUGCAAUUUACAGAUUUUCAGCUGGAGGGUGGAAUUUGUGAUUUUGAUAAUGUCACCAUCAAUUUGCACCGUUUUCACUUCUCGUCAAACAACGUCUGGUGCGGUUCAAAUAGACCACCGAUUCAAAGAUCAUACCGGAAAAUGGAAAUCAUUUUUCAAGCGGAUCAUUAUCGGCAGAGCAAAGGAUUCGAGUUCAAGUAUCAUCUAUUUGACUGCGGAGGUGAGAUAACGCAACCAGGAACUAUCAGUCCACUGAUGAAUGGUGACGCGUAUUUCGGUGGUAUGAGGUGCAUAUGGAACAUAACUGCUCCUCUUGGACAAAUUGUUGUACUAAGAUUUGAAAAAUUCAAUGUCGAGUACAGUUCUAGAUGUGCAUUCGAUUUCGUUGCUAUUUACGUAGGAUUGGAGGAACGACGUUUGGGCACGUUUUGCGGAAAUAUAAAAUUCAACAAGCCGGUCAUUUCGGACCACAGUAGGUGGAUGAAAGUCGACUUCUUGUCUGAUUACAGUAAUCAUUUUGAUGGAUUUACUGCAACCAUUUCAUUCAGGAAGGAUUGUGGCGGAUCAAUUAAUGUCAACAAUUCGUAUGCGUUUAAGACACAAAACGAAUCGACUUACGAAUCUUUGUUAGAUUGUCAUUGGGUCAUACGUAAUGACUAUCAGAAAAACAUUAAGUUCACCUUCAACAGUAUGGAUUUGAAAAAUGCCACAAAUAUCUCAACAGCCAAUACGAAUGAGCCGUGCACAGGGGACUUUAUUGAGAUUCGCGAUGGAGGAGGACCAAUGGCAGAUUUAAUUGGCCGUUAUUGCGGGAAUGACAUUCCUCUUCCUGUCACCUCGUCAGCGAACGCUCUGUAUAUAAGACUUGUUACCGAUAGCAUUAUAGAGGGUCAGGGAGUCACAGCCACGAUAACCACUACGGAACCACUUUGCGGAACACCAUUAAUCAUUGUGAAAAAUGAGACUAUAAACUUCACGUCUCCUGGAUAUCCAAAUUCAUAUCCACCUGGUAUCAGAUGUCGCUGGACUUUUAAGCUUGAACGUGGUAGAUAUUAUUUCAGUUGGAGAGAACUCGAAAUACAUUUUGAUGAUUUCGAUACGGAAGCUUCAGAUAUGUGCAGCCUCGACGAACUGGAAAUCAUUGACUCGUCGACAAGUCAUUUCGUAAAUGAAGGCCUUAGCGAAGAUUUCAUAUUCACCGGGGAAAAGAAUCACGAGACUAACAGGAUACUAGGUUAUCGCUAUCCUGUCUCAUCAUAUAAAUACUGCGGUUCUUUGUUACCGCACGAAUACUACAGCACUACCAAACAAGUUCAAGUUACUUUUAAAAGUGCAUCGACUCAGCAAAAGCCUCACAAAGGAUUCAAGUUAAGUGUCGGUCCAGCCACGUGUAAUCGCAAUUACACACAAGAACAAGGACGCAUUUACCACAGCUCCUUUACGGAUUGUUGGUUUACCAUAACAGCUCCUGUUAAUUACACGAUUUCUCUGUAUUUCAAUCUGUUUAAUAUGUACGAUAGCAUACAUUGCAACAACACGGGGUUAAAGGUAUACGAUGGAAACUUUGGGGAUAAAGUGUUGGCAAACAUUUGUGGUUCCACCACGCCAAAUCCCAUUUUCAGUUCAGGUAAUAAGGUCAGUUUGAAUUCUUGGUCCUCGAUUGACCACAAUUUCCAAAACUACGAUAUAACAUUUACCACAACCGACAAAGGACCGGGAUGUGGUGGAAAGUUGUUCAAUCAUGACGGCACGUUUACGUCACCCCUGUAUCCACUAAUUUAUCGCAAUAAUUCCGAAUGCACGUGGGAAGUCGGUGUUCCGAUAGGACACAAAGUUGUUUUAGAGUUUCCAGUUUGCGAUUUAGGAUCGCCAGGAACGUGCGAAACUGAUUUCUUGCAAAUUUCUGACGUUAAUUCGGAAGGCGAAACUAGUCUCCGGGAAACUUAUUGUGGAGGGGAUAAUCCUGCGACUUUUACUGGUGAUGGAAAUGUGGUUUCUGUUAAAUACCAGACAAGCGUGAACAAUGGUGGCAGUUGGGUAAUCAAAUUCAUGGUGAAAAAUACUUGAUAAUUCGCUACGAUGGUGUCGAAUGAUACGGGGUUAUUUUAAGAAUCAAUGAGUCACGUGUUAUCGUAUUUUAUCUAUCUAGUAUGAAUUAGUAUAAGACACGAGUGUGAAGUACCAAUCACACGAGUCCUUAUACUCAUGCGUACCAGCUAGAUACAAUAGUUUUCGUGUCAAAUGCUCAAAGAAAUUGCCGUCUGGCUUUUUUUUUUACUAGAGAUGGCACCGUUAACCUGCCUCAAAAAUAUUUUGUAAUAGGUUCACCCUUCCUUGAAAAUAUUUUAGAUGCCUAUGACGUCAGUAUCAUAAUUUUGUAGAUAAUUUUAUAGUCGAUUGUUCAACAAAUAAUAUUUUAAGGUGCCCUCUGGCGACACAUUACCGGAUAUUCUUUAGGCAUUUGUUACAGAAAGAAAUACAUUAUGUUACCGAGUUAUUACAGUAUGUAGGCAAUAGUUAUAAAAAUGAAAAUAAAUAUUUUUAACUCAUUGGUUACCCUUAAA